AUGGAGGAGUGGAACACAACACUAGUAACCCACUUCAUCAUCCUAGGCUUCCCAAGCCUCCAGAAGCUGCAGCUCUUGCUCUUUUUUGUGGGCUUGAUCAUUUACCUCAUGACCUUGUCUGGACAUAUUGUCAUCAUCACGAUAGUACAUCUUGACCUCCAUCUCCACACCCCCAUGUACUUCUUCCUCAGCAACUUCUCCUUCCUGGAGAUCUGGUACAUCUCCAACAUUGUUCCCAAAAUGCUGCGGGUCUUCCUGGCCACAGACAGGUCCAUCUCAUAUGCCGGCUGCAUCACCCAGCUGUACUUUCUCAUCACCUUGGGUACUGCCGAGUGCUUCAUCCUGGCCAUCAUGGCCUAUGAUCGCUACUUAGCCAUCUGCAACCCACUGUGCUACCCAAGCCUCAUGAACAACAGGGUUUGUGUUCGGCUGGCCAUAUGCUCUUGGGUAGGUGCUUUUGUUGUCAAUGUUCCACCUCUGGUCUCCCUCUGCAAGCUGCCAUUCUGUGGGCCUAACGAGAUCAACCAUUUUUUCUGUGAUGCCCAACCCUUGCUGAAACUCUCCUGCAGGGACCCCCUUGAGGCCGAGACAGUCAAUUUCAUUGUGGCCACCAGCAUCAUUGUCAGCUCCUUCCUCCUGAUCGUGGUCUCGUACAUUCUCAUCAUUGUGACGAUCCUGAAGAUCCCUUCAAACCUGGGGAAAUGGAAAGCUUUCUCCACCUGUGGCUCCCAUUUGGCCGUGGUGGCCAUCUUCUAUGGCACCCUGAUGUUCAUGUAUGUGCGGCCAACCUCCAGAUACUCCAACGACUCAGUGAACUUCAACAAGCUGGUGUCCAUGUUCUACACGGUGGUGACGCCCAUGCUCAACCCCGUUAUAUACUGCUUGAGGAACAAGGAGGUUAAAGAAGCUCUGAGGAAAGCAGUGAUGAGAAGGUGUGUGCUGCUGCCCAAGGCUGGGAGCAUUUCUAAUGGAGGCUAG